AAGCUUUCCCGACACACCCGCCGCCAGCAGCCGUGUACACACCGACGCCAUGAGGACUCUGGUUGCUUUGGCAGUGAUGGUGGCGGCCUCCACCCAUCAGGCCUCCAGCACCCUCACCUACGGCAGUCUUGGCCCCGCCUAUGGCAGCCACGCACACGGCAUCUCCACUCAUGCAACCCACUCCCAAGGCAAUGCCAUCCAUGGCGGCCAAACCUACAGCUACGGUCAGCCCGGCUACGUCGGUCCCCUGGCCUCCAGUGUCCCUGCUGGCGUCGGUGGCAAAGUCAUCCCUGUGUCGGACACCUACGAGGUGGAGGCAGCCCGCGGACAGUUCUUUAGGAACUACCAGGACCAGUUGAACACCAUCAACGCCAUCCGUGCCAGCCGCCCCUCCCGUUACGGCCACGCCAACUAUGCUCCCCAGCCCUCCUACGGUUCUGCGAGGCCUGUGCCUGUAGCCCACUCUGUUUCCGCCCAAGGCGUGCGUGCGCCUCACUCCACCUACGGACAAGCCAGUGCUCCCGUGCAGGUGAGCGACACUGCGGAAGUAGCAGCCGCAAAAGCUGAUUUCUUCCGUCUCUUCAACCAGCAGGCAGCCGCCGCCGCCGCCGCUCCCGACGAUUACACCCACUACAAACAAUACUGAGCCAUUGCCGUCUGUGAACAACACAAGGACUGUCACUCAAAAAGUCGAUAUAAACCUUUGAUCAAACAGUAAAUAUAUGCAUACUUA